GAGUGGAGGGGGAAGCGGGGUGAGCUUUAAAUACCAGCCAGAUGGGCUGGGAAGUGCAGCCUGAACUGGCAGGAGACGCCUGAAGCACCGCAAAGAAGAGAGAGGACACAACUGGGACCCUUCUCCCCUCCUCUUCUCUGAUAAAAAUGGACUCAGCAAAGAUGUGCGGACUCCUGGCAGCCAGCUUCCUCCUCCUCACUUUGCUGUGGGAUCCCACUGCCGCCUGCUCCUGUGCUCCCAGACACCCCCAGACUGCAUACUGCAACGCUGAUAUCGUGAUCAAGGCAAAAUUCGUGGGUGUCUCGAAGCAGCCUAUGAACAUCUCCAUUGGAGAGCCCGUGUCCUGGGUGCGCUAUGAGAUCAAAACUACCAAGGUAUUCAAGGCCCCUGAAGUGAUGCAAGAUGUUCGCUUCCUCUACACCCCUGCCGUGGCAAGUGUCUGUGGAUAUGAACAUAACGCGCCUCUGAAAGGAGAAGAAUACAUCAUUGCAGGAAUGCUUGAAGGUGACCGUGUCAUGAUUACAGCUUGCUCCUUUAUCCAGCCAUGGUCUCAGCUGUCCCCUGCACAGAAACGAGGCCUGAGUUUGACGUACAGCAAAGGCUGCAGCUGCAUGGUCGUGCCCUGCACCUCUAUGCCCUGCUCAGUUACCUCCGACUCUCAGUGCCUGUGGACAGACGGCAUUGGGAGCAGGAUAUGGGAUGGCUCCCAGGCCAAACGCUUGGCUUGCUUGCCUCGGUCUAACACUUCCGAUCUCUGCGCCUGGGAAUCACUCAACACCCAAGGGCCCGGAAACCUUCGGCGGGUUCUCCUGCGGCAGUGACAUCUCCAAGGACUCUGAUGGGGUUGGGGUUCCUCCCUCUGUAUAUGAUUCACCUCUCCUUUUUUGGGUCAUUAUUUUUAAAUAAACAGCUUCCAGACCACCAGCUCUA